AUGUGCGCCGCCGGCGCAGAGUGCGCCGUAUACGUUUGCAGAAGUGCGCCGGCGACGGCGCAGAAGUGCGCCGGCGACGGCGCAAAAGCGGCCGCGUAUGAGACAGCGCUGAAAUCUCAAAACCUGAAUCGGGGUCUCGACUGCAAUCUCGGCAUCGACUUUGUUCCAGGAUACUCGCAGCCUGAGCCCUUCGAGGGUGUCGAGCUGCUGUCGAGGGGGGUGUCGAGGGGUGUCGAGGGUGUCGAGGGUGUCGAGGGUGUCGAGCGGGAGGCGGCGCGGCACGCCGACGAGCUGCUGGCGGAGGUCGAGGCGGAGAAGCGCGCCAAGGGCAAGAAGGGCAAGAAGAAGAAGAAGGGCGGAGGGGCGGGCGCGGCUGGGCCGUCGCAGGAGGCGAAGGGGGGUGCCGAGGCGCCGUUGGAGGCAGCCGAGGCCGCAAAGAAGGCCGAGGAGGAGAGAAUGAUCAGGCUCCUCGAGAAGUGUCACGAGGAGAGGAUCCGCGAGGCCGACUCGGCGCUUGAGGGGCGCGAGACGGAGCUGCAGGCGGCGAUAGGCGCUGCAGAGGCGACGGGAACUGCUGCGGGCGCGGCGAGGGCCAGGGCGGACGCUGCCAGGGAGGCUGCGGAUGCGGCCCAAAGCGAUGCCGUUGCAUAG